AUGGCAGCGCAGCCCCCGCCCCGGCCAAGGCCACCCGCGCCGGGCCCGCCACGUGCAGGCGCUGCCGCCAGCCCCGCCCCGGCGCGGGCCAAUGGGCGGCGGGGAGGCGGGAGGGGCGGCGCGGAUUGGCCGAGGCGCGGAGGGGGCGGGGCCGAGCGGGCUAUGCUAGGGCGGGGGGGGGCCGCGCGGCGGGGAGCGGGACCGGACAGAGCGGGACCGGGAACGGCUGCGGGUGACCUUGGACCCAACGGAAAGAUGGCAAACUCAACACAGGGCAUCGGGGGCCUCCCCAGCACAGAGCUCUGGGUCUCCCAUAACAAGAUGGUGAUGGAGCCGCUUGAAAGCAACGACCCAGAGGUGCACAGCAUCAUCAAGAAGGAGAAGCAGCGACAGAAGCUGGGACUGGAGUUAAUCGCAUCGGAGAACUUUGCAAGCCGAGCAGUGCUGGAGGCCCUGGGAUCCUGCAUGAACAACAAAUACUCCGAGGGCUACCCAGGGCAGAGGUACUAUGGUGGGACGGAGUUCGUAGAUGAGCUGGAAAGGUUGUGCCAGAAGCGAGCCCUGCAGGCAUUCCGGCUUGACCCACAGAAGUGGGGUGUUAAUGUCCAGCCCUACUCAGGGUCACCGGCAAACUUUGCCGUGUACACGGCCCUGGUGGAGCCACACGGCAGGAUCAUGGGGCUGGACCUGCCCGACGGGGGCCACCUCACCCAUGGCUUCAUGACGGACAAGAAGAAGAUCUCUGCCACCUCUGUCUUCUUCGAGUCCAUGCCCUACAAGGUCAACCCCAAGACCGGUUACAUCGACUAUGAUCAGCUGGAGGAGAACUCUCGCCUCUUCCACCCCAAGCUGAUCAUUGCAGGUGUCAGCUGCUACUCGCGCAACCUGGACUAUGCCCGCAUGCGGAAGAUCGCAGAUGCCAAUGGUGCCUACCUCAUGGCCGACAUGGCCCACAUCAGUGGGCUGGUGGCUGCUGGAGUGGUGCCCUCCCCCUUUGACCACUGCGAUGUCGUCUCCACCACCACCCACAAGACGCUGCGGGGCUGCCGGGCUGGCAUGAUCUUCUACCGCAAAGGCACCCGCAGCGUGGACCCCAAGACGGGCAAGGAAACGCUCUACAACCUGGAGAGCCUCAUCAACCAGGCGGUCUUCCCGGGGCUGCAAGGAGGCCCACACAACCACGCCAUUGCAGGGAUUGCCGUGGCGCUGCGCCAGGCCAUGACGCCUGAGUUCAAAGCCUACCAGCAGCAGGUGGUGGCCAACUGCAAGGCACUCUCGGCAGCACUGAUGGAGCUGGGCUACGACAUCGUCACAGGUGGCUCCGACAACCACCUGAUUCUGCUGGACCUGCGCAGCAGAGGCACGGAUGGUGGCCGCGCUGAGCGGGUGCUGGAGAUCUGCUCCAUUGCCUGCAACAAGAACACGUGCCCUGGCGAUGUCAGCGCCCUGCGCCCCAGCGGCCUGCGGUUCGGGACGCCAGCACUCACCUCCCGUGGCUUCAGGCAGGAUGACUUCCGCAUGGUGGCUCAGUACAUCCACAGAGGGAUCGAGCUGACGCUGCGCGUGCAGAAGGACAUGAGCCCCAAGGCCACGCUGAAAGAAUUCAAGGAGAAACUGGAGGAGGAGAAAUACCAAGCAGAGCUGAAGGCACUGAAGGGAGAGGUGGAAGCAUUCGCAGCCACCUUCCCACUCCCGGGGCUGCCUGUUCUGUGAGGGGAAGACAUCCCUGCCCGCUCCUGGAGCCACGAAGCACCCGGGAUCACGGCACACUCGCACCCUCAGCCUUCUCCCAGCACCUCCCUGCUGGCACUGGCUGUGAUGUGGCAGUGGCUCCUUGUUCAGCUCCUCCUCACUUCUCCCAUCCCGUGUAGGGCGCAGGACCCCUGCGUGCAGCCCCUUCACCACCAGCAUCACAGUCAGGACCCAGCACCGUGUCCGCCCCGGCCAGGUCUGAGCCGCUCGGUGGGAGCAGCAGAGGUUUUCUCAUCUGGACACCCCUGCUCACCACAUCCAGAGCAACCAAACCCUGCAGCCGUUCUCCGCUGCACUGGAGACUUCACAACCACUAAAAACAUCCCCAAUCCCUGCCUGGAGGAUGUGCCAUCACACACCAAAACCCACUCACCACGUGUGCCUUCUCACCAUGCGUGCCUUCAGGGUUCGGUGGAGCCAAGCCUUGUCCGAGAACCUCCUCGACCACCACCCCACCCUCGCCAGUGCCUCCGUUAUUGUCUCAGCUCUCCGAGCACAGAGCUUGGAUAGAACCAUUUUUUAAUAAGCACGAUAAAAUGAAGAAUUAAACCACACUGUGUGACAAGAAUCGGAAGCUUUAAAAAAUACAA